CAAUGUGUUCAGAAUUUUCGAGUAAUUAAAAUAGUCAAAUUCACAAGGAUGUCGACAAGUUUUGCCAAGGCUCGAUCACCAACAAUUGCUUCGACGGUGCAGACGACAAUCGAGGAAGAAGUUUUAUUGAAUGACGAAGACGUGAAGACGGUGAUGGAAAGAAAAUUAGGAAAAGAAGACUUUUGUAUCGAGAAUUGGAGUCUCGAUCGUAUAGCCUCGACCAAUGGAUAUCUCGGGCAGUAUUAUCAUCUUUGUGUCACCUGUACCAUCAAUGACAGAGCGAGCGAAAAGUUUGUGUUUUUCGCAAAAACAAAACCCCCAAGUAACAGCCCCCAGUACGAGUUUGCCGUUACAGGAAAUGUAUUCACGAAGGAGAAUGUUUUCUACGAAGAUAUCGCAAAAAAUAUGGGAGCGGGUGAAGGUCCGAAAUGGAUGGUGGACUGUUAUCUUGGCAAGGGUGACGUAAUCGUUGUUUUGGAAGAUGCAACACUCGAUGGUUUUGAAAUGCCGGAUAAAUUUGUUCCCUUCGAGUACGACGAGUGCGCCGCGAUGUUUUACGCAUUGGCGAAAUUGCAUUCUCGCUCUGUGGUACUCGAUGAAAAAUUGCGGCGGGAGAGUGGAAAAAGACUCGAUCAGGUUUACGGCGAAGUGCUGCAAGAGGCAUUGUUCCCAAGUGACGAUCGCAUGCGUCGCAACCCGAUCAAUUCGAGUGUACAAGGUGCCUGUGGAAUCGUCAAUCUGAUCGAAUGCCUUGACGAUCGAUCAAGACAGCGAGUAAAAAGCUUAAUUGCCGAUUGGUCCUGGCGAAUACCGCGACUCAUUCGUACAUCGAAAAAAUAUCGUAACGUUAUUUGUCACCAGGACCCUUGGGCGAAUAACAUGUUGAUAAAGCGUCAUUCAAAAACUGCACGACCGCACGGUUUUUAUUUGAUAGAUUUCCAAUUUAUACGAUAUUCACCGCCCGCCAUUGACUUUAUGCUCGCUCUUUAUUUGACUACGAGACGUAAAACGAGAGACGAAAACUUUGAAAAAUUCACUCGUAUUUACCACGACCACAUGAGGGAAGAAUUGUGGAGAGAAAAAAUCAACAUUGACGAUUGUAAUUUGAGUUGGACAGUUUUUCGCCAGUCCUGCGAAUAUUACAGAUUUCUCGCUAUUAUUUAUACAAUUGUGAAUCAACAAAUCAUGUUACUGGAUGGAGAUACGGCUGACAAGUAUUUCACUCGAACACCGGAAUUGCUCGAGAGAGUUAUUUGGGGUCCCGGCAGACAAGAACUCGUUUGUCCUAUUUUUGCAACAGAUCACCGGUACAGGGAACGACUGACAGAGAUCAUCAUCGAAAUUUACGAGAGGCUCGACGACUUCGAGGACUGCCACGUUGAAGAUUAUUAGAUUAUAAGUGCAGUGUCAACGCUUUUUCUAUUCAAUUCGAUUGAGAACUUGGAUAGGUUUCAAAAAAAUUAAUUUUUAAAAAGUUUUGAAAAUACAUAUAGAUUGAAUAAAAAGUA